GAAGUACUGUGUACAUGCUGAGAUGUCUAUAACAUAGUAUCUCCCUGGUCUUAACAAUUGCAGAGUGUAAUUGCUCUCGUUAAAAUCUGAAGACGAUAAAAAUUUUCAAAAAUAUAAAAUUAUCCUGCCUGCAUUUUUAAUUGUCCCAAUGUCAUAUUUUUUAUCCUGAAAAGCAUCUUAUUUAUAGCAUUUUCAAUUUCCUUAAAUAUGAACAAACCCGAAAAAUAAAAUAUUUUGAUACAAAAUCUUGAUCAUCACCACUUUUAUCUAUUACAAUUGCCUGAAGUGCCAAAUUUUAUUGCUGAUAACAUUGUUAAAAUAUAACCUGAUUUGCCCUCUAAAUCAGUAUUCCACCAGAUGGUGCACAGUAAAGGUUGACUGAUAACCUUCAUAAAGAUAUGGAGGCCAUGCACUUCUUUGAGGGGGACAAAUAGAGGCUCCAAACACAAUAUAUAGUUUUGUUACUGACAUUAUGCCCAAUAAAACAUGAAUCUAUCAUGUGAAAGCAGUUUUUAAAUAAUUUAAAUAAAUCCAAUAAACGCUGUUAAUUUUUUCAAGUGGUGCAGGUCACAGCAGUGGCAUCUGGUAAAUGUGGACCAAUGAAUGCAACAUGAUUGUACACCUCUCUGUAGCAACCCUCUCUUCAUGCUCCUCCCCCUUUUACCACCAGCAAUACAACAACACCCAUCUUAAGAAGUUAGUACUGGGACUUUUCCAUAGGAGGAAGAUUUUUUUUCAAACUUGCAAAAAUUGUGGACAGUUGGACAUCAGGUAUUUCAAGAAAGUGCCUUUGAUUUAAAGACUUUCACUGCAAGUUUGAAACUGUGAUAGUUUUCAGGUAUUUAUACUAAGGUUUUCAAGCAGUUGUCCAGUUGACAAGUGUGUAGACUGCCACUAUGUCUGAUACAGAAGAAAAAUCUGGAUCUGCUGACAUUACAGCAAAGCCUCAAUUUGGCUCCAAUGUCUCCCUGAACAGUGAACCAACAGACCACAAGAUGGAGCCACCAUCUAACUUCAAGGUGAUAGCACCGUUCGCACUGGACAUGACUGACCGUGAUCCUACCAACAUGAAUGACCAUCUGAAGGUUCUCUUUGAGGAUGUGAUAGCAGAACCAGAAGGUACCCAUAGCUUUCAGACAAUAUGGCGGACAAGCUUUGCCACCUUCAGUGCAACCAAAAAAUGGACUUACCGCAUACUGAGUGCCAUCUGUGGCGUCCCAUGUGCCUUUUGCUGGGGCAUUCACUUUGCCUGUCUCACCUUCUGUAAUGUGUGGAGCGUGGUGCCCUCUAUAAAAAGCUACGGAAUUCAACUCAAGGCAAUUGGGACAGUAUUUGGAAUGUGCAUUCGUACAUUUUCUGACCCUUGCUUCGAGUCCUUCGGUCGCAUUUUUGGGCGUAUGCACCUUGAUCUGGUUCGGAAGUCAUCAAAGGAUACAGUGCUCAAUACCUGAGAUAAGACAAUUGUCAGUCCUCCUAUAGCAGUCACCUAUUACGUGAACUACAGCAAACCCUCAAUAAUUCAAACAACAUG